AUGGUUUCCUCUCACCGUCCUGUCCCCAUCAAAACCAACAGGCAGCAGUAUUUAUCACUCAGCCCUUCACAACAAUCUGUGUUGAAAGAUGAUGUUGAGCUUGAUUUCUCUGAUGUGUUUGGCCCACUCCCUGAAGAGGUGGCCAGUGACGUUGCUUACGACGAGCCUGCUGUUGUCUACAGUCGAUCACACUCAUUGGUUGGGCCGUCUUCGUUCGGUAGUCAUUCUUUCAAGCUGAGCAAGCUCACCUUAAGAGAUACUGAGGACUCAGUUGAGUUGGUGGAAUGUCUUGAAGGUGAAUCGUUGAAAGAGAACGAUGAUGACGACACUGACAGUGAUAAAGCUCUGGAGGGAGAUCUUGUGAAGGUCUCUGGUGUGGUAGGGCUUGUGGAUUUUGAGAUUAUGAAGGUUGUUGGGAAAGGUGCGUUUGGGAAAGUGUACCAGGUGAGGAAGAAGGAUACCUCUGAGAUAUAUGCUAUGAAGGUUAUGAGGAAAGAUAAAAUCAUGGAGAAGAAUCAUGCCGAGUACAUGAAAGCUGAGCGUGACAUUCUUACCAAAAUUGAUCAUCCUUUCAUUGUGCAACUUAAAUACUCUUUUCAGACUAAGUACAGGCUCUAUCUUGUGCUUGACUUUAUCAACGGAGGACAUCUCUUCUUCCAGCUCUAUCACCAAGGCCUUUUCCGAGAGGACUUGGCUCGUGUAUACACUGCAGAGAUCAUCUCCGCAGUGUCCCAUCUCCAUGAGAAAGGCAUAAUGCAUAGAGAUCUCAAACCGGAAAACAUUCUCAUGGACGUAGAUGGACAUGUGAUGCUAACCGAUUUUGGUUUAGCAAAGGAGUUUGAAGAAAACACAAGGUCAAACUCCAUGUGUGGGACUACUGAGUAUAUGGCACCUGAAAUCGUUCGUGGGAAAGGGCAUGACAAAGCUGCUGACUGGUGGAGCGUUGGGAUUCUUCUCUAUGAGAUGCUCACCGGAAAGCCACCGUUUAUGGGGAGCAGAGGAAAGAUAGAGCAGAAAAUUGUAAAGGACAAGAUCAAGCUUCCCCAGUUUCUGACUAGUGAAGCUCAUGCCUUGCUAAAAGGGCUGCUGCAAAAAGAGCCAGAAAGGCGACUAGGAAGUGGACCAAGCGGAGCAGAUGAGAUAAAACAGCACAAAUGGUUCAAAGGAAUGAACUGGAAGAAGCUGGAGCUUCGAGAAGUGAAGCCAAGUUUCAAGCCGGAGAUAUCGGGAAGACAAUGCAUAGCGAAUUUUGACAAGUGCUGGACUGAAAUGUCUGUGUUGGAUUCUCCAGCAAGCAGCCCCAGCUCGGGUCCUAUGGCCAAUCCUUUUACCAACUUCACAUACGUCAGGCCUCCUCCUUCAUUCCUUCACCAUUCCACAUCCUCGUGA